UCGUUUCCUUCCAGUUUCCUCUGCUGAUACAGGUCAGCACUGUGCCUCCCGCCAUUGCAGCUUUAAGUGAUCAAGGCCGUCGCUUCUCUCUUCCCCAUGGAACCCCAGGAAGCAAGCCCUGCCAAGUCCCUUACCACAAGACACAAGUGCUCAGCAUGCUACAAGCAAUACAAGAAGAAGGAGCAUCUUAUUGCCCACAUGAAGGCCUCCUACCACUCUGUUCAUCAGCCCAAAUGUCCCGUUUGCUAUAAGCACUGCAAAUCUCUAGAGUCAUUAAGAGAACAUCUCACUGGUCCUUUGGCCAAAGCAAGUUGUUCGAGCAUUUUCUCUGACCGAGGAUGUGAUCUUUGUCUGAAACUUUUGGAUAGUCCGAGUGCCCUUACUGAACAUAGAGAAACAUGUUGUCUUCCUGCACCUCAUCCAUUUGAAACAAUUUCUAUUUCUUCUAUAUACUCUCAAGUCCAUAUUUCUGAUCCAAUUGAGGGAUGCAACUAUGAUGAUUGGCAACAAGGAAGACCUAAGGCAGUUGCCCUGGAUUGCGAGAUGGUGGGUGGUGGUAGUGAUGGAUCUCUUGACCUUUGUGCUCGGGUAUGCCUUGUUGAUGAAGAUGAAAAUGUGACUUUCCACAGUUAUGUACAGCCCCAAAUUCCUGUUACUGAUUAUAGGUACGAAGUAACUGGGUUAACAGAAGGGCAACUUAGAGACGCCAUGCCACUAAAGGAAGUCCAAGAAAGAAUAUUGGAAAUUUUGUACAACGGCGAGUCUGUUGGGAAAUUAAGGUUAGAUGGAGGAAAGGCCAGUCUACUGGUAGGUCAUGACGUCGAGCAUGACCUGGACUGCUUGAGAAUGAACUACCCUGAUCACUUGCUGAGGGAUACUGCCAAAUAUCGUCCAUUAAUGAAAACAAAUUUGGUUAGCCACUCGCUCAAGUACCUCACCAAGAAAUAUCUGGGGUACGACAUUCAGUGCGGUUUCCAUGAUCCAUAUGAAGAUUGUGUCUCUGUGAUGAGGAUUUACAAGAGAAUGCGUGCUCAAGAUCAUCAACUGGAAGGAGCUAAAGUAUCUACUUGGCUUGAUGAUGGGCACAACUUACUCAGAAACUUCGAGUUUUCAAAUAAGGAACUUGAGAGUAUGUCACCAGAUGAGCUAUAUGAGAUAUCAAGAUCAAAUUAUAGAUGUUGGUGUCUGGAUUUUAAAUGUGCGCUAUGACAAAGUGCUCCUCUUCAGUUUCUACAAGGAUACUUUGGUCAUUGGCAUCGCGUCAUAUAUGUUUUUGCCAUAUAUUUCCUUUCAAAUGGAUUGAAUCCAUGCGGUUUAGUACAUAUCUGUUCACUAUAGGCAUAAGGCUUCAAAUAGGAACAGAUUUCAAGGGGAAAGUUUUAAGAUCUUAAGGAUUAGAGGUGUAAAUAACUGUAUUCCGUUCUCUCCUAUGAUUCGUGUUUUGUAUCCAUUCUGCACUGCAAUCUGUCGUUAACCAUGGUUUGAGAUCUCUGAUUGGUCUCAGAGAUGUCUGGUUAUGUACCAUGCACUGAGAAGAGAAGGUUGCAACAGAGGCUUUAGCUGCUUCACAUUGUGGGUUAUCCAUUAAGAGCGGGAAGGGAGAAAGCGAAUUGAUAAAUAGCAUCAUGAGCCUCGCCUCUGUCCUUACCUGUGUGGCUUAUGGUAUGGUAUUGUUUCUGGUCACUGACUAUAGAAUUAAUGAGAAAAAAUUCAUGCAGAGUCUUACAAUA